AUGAAAAGCAAAAUAAAACUUUUUACUUUUGCCACUAACACACCCCUCGACAUCAAAGGGUAUUUCGAAGCUUCAGUUGAAUCAGGAACAAAAAUUACCACAGCCCAAUUUUAUGUGAUAAACACUGAUGCUGGAUGUCUAAUAAGUGGAAACACUGCAAUUGAUCUUGGGUUAUUAAAGCUAAACAAAAUUGCAUUUGUUACAUCUCGACCUGAAACCCAUCAACCUAAGAAAAAUGCUCCAACAAAUAGCAAGUCUAGACCUAAAAGAUUGAGAACCGUAUUUUCGAAAUAUGAUAAUUUAUUCCAAGGAAUCGGAAAAGUCCCAGAUUACAAAGUCCAUUUACACAUUGAUAAAACUGUCCAACCCACAAUUCAAAAAGCCCGAAGAAUCCCAUUUACAAUGAGAACCAAACUAUCAGAAGAACUGCGACGUCUUGAAUCAUUAGAUAUUAUUGAAAGUGUAACAGGCCCCACGUCGUGGGUAUCUCCCAUUGUUUGUUUCCCAAAACCCAACAAUCCCGACCAAAUUCGUCUUUGUGUUGACAUGCGUAUACCCAAUAAAGCCAUUUCACGGGAACGUCACCCUUCUCCCACAACUGAAGAUUUAAUUGAAAAACUAAAUGGUGCUGCAUAUUUCUCAAAACUUGAUCUAAGCUCUGGGUACCAUCAACUAGAGUUGGAUGAAGCUUCGCGUGACAUAACUACAUUUGCAACUCAUGAAGGUCUCAAAAGAUAUAAACGUUUGAACUUUGGCACAAAUAGUGCUGCUGAGAUAUUUCAAAAUGUCAUUCAGACCACAUUCCAAGAUAUUGACGGUUGUAUAAACAUAAGCGACGACAUACUAGUUUUUGCCAAAACACAACAUGAACAUGGCAUGACAUUAGAAUCUGUUCUACAGCGUGCUAAUGAAAAGAAUUUAAGAUUCAACGAUGACAAAUGUGAAUUUGAUAAACCAAGCAUCACGUUUUAUGGUCAUGUUUUCUCGAAGCAGGGUAUAUCCCCAUGUCCUAAAAAGAUCGAAGCGAUCAAGUCUCUAAAACCUCCAGCGAAUGUUUCUGAACUUCGUAGCUAUUUAGGAAUGAUAACAUAUUGCGGCAGAUUUAUCCAAGAUCUUGCAACACUGACUGCCCCAUUACGUAAACUUACAAAGAAGGACAUAGAAUACGAAUGGAAAGAAUCACAACAACGUGCGUUUGAUACAUUACAAGAAAGAUUGA